AUGGCGAGUGGCUAUGGCGGCGGUGUUGUGGUCGGGGUGCCCGGUGUGUGUGGAAGUUGCGUUUCCAAGGAGUUCUCGAUGUUGGAUAAACCACGGAGGUUGGACCGCCAGCGAUUGCUUCGAGUUGCGUUCGGAGCUCGCACCAAGACAUCGUCCUUUGGGAACGACGAGGAGCUGGCCGAGGAGCUACCUCCCAAUUGGAGCCUCCGGUAUCAUGUAAGAUACUUUGUGUCAGUCUUUGUUACGCACCUCAAGAUGCUGGAGGUCCAGGAGCUGCUGACCGCUUGCCCAUCUGAGGCAGAUGAGCUGGGGGUGGUUGCGAUGAAAAUCGCUGUGGACCGAGAGAAGGAGACGAGAGACGACACGGCCUCGGCUGUGGUCAGGCUCUUCGAUGCCCUCAGUAGGUCACAGGUCCUGGAUCGUUCCGCUCUCAUCCGUAGCUUCGAGAAGAUCUUCUGCACGCUGGAGGACCUCAAGAUCGACUGUCCACAUGCAGAGAAGGAGGUCCUGGAAAUCCUGCAAGGUUGUAUGGACGCCAACUGCAUCGACAAAAAGCUGCUGACAAAGCUACCGGAGACACUGCUCCGGGUUGGAGUAGCAGAGCAGGGGUCCCUCUCCAAUGACUUCCAUGCCUUGCUGUCCAAGACCAUUUCGGAGUUGAAGACCUUCAAACAUGCGGCCGGGCGAUGCAUUGAGGAGUACUUCGUGACCAGCAACGCUGAAGAGGUGGGCACGGUUUUACAGGAGCUGGGCAUGACAACGUACCAUCAUGAGUUUGUAAAGAAGGCCGUCACCAUGUCCUUCUCACAGUCCAAUGAGUCGGCCGGCCGUGAGGCAGUGUUGCAGCUGCUGGCAACUCUUUGUAGCGAGGGCAUCCUCACAAAGGAUGAUAUCCAGUGGGGAACAACCCGGCUUCUGGGCCAAGUCACAGAUCUUAGCCUGGACAUUCCUCGCUGCUCCGAGAUGCUGAUAGAAGUCAUCGUUCGGCUUCUCACAGAUGAGCUUGUAAGUGCUCCAUUUCUUCGUCGUUGCCGCCUUCUGCGGAUCGGAGACGGGGCUGGAUUGAAGGUGCUGGAGGCGGUACAGCGCAGGACGCCAGAGUACAGCAAAAAGCAGUUGAGCACUGCUGCUUUUAAGAAGGAGAUCCAAAACAUGAUUCUGGAAUACUUCAAUUCUGGCGACCAGGCGGAGUUCGGCCGCUGCAUUCGGGAGCUGACCCCCCUGUCCCCAGCGCAGAGCGCAGAGCUGGUUCGCAAGAUCAUGGUCUUCGCGAUGGAGCGCACCGGUGUUGAGUGUGAGCUUUCGCUGAAGCUCCUCGUUUGGAUCAUCAGAAAUGAGGAGCUGACUCCCAAAGACAUCGAGAACGGAUUCGAUGACAUGUACAGGCACAUGCCUGACAUUCUGCUCGAUGUCCCAGAUGCUGAGGAGAUGGCGCGCACCUUUGUGGUUGAGGCCAUGAAAAGCAAGGUGCUGCGGGAGACGUGGCCGGACCCAGAAGAGCCAGAUGAGUGAGCGAGAGCAUGAGCUGAUGGCAUGAGCAUGAGCUGGAUGGCUCAUAUCACCUGGUCUGAUUGGACACAGAUACUGUAGCAGCGAGUGCCACAAGCUGCCAUCACUUCGUUCACUGCUGGCGGCAUCGGUUGCAGAGCAUCGGCUGGCGGCCUGCGCCGGAGUGCUUCUAUGGACGUCUCCAUUUGAAUCUCCUCCAGAUGCACAUUGAGUGGAGCUCCACUUGGACUGCCCGUUUCGCA